GGCCGGGGGGACCACACGGGAAGCAGCGGCCGACGAGGAGGAGGAGGAGGAGGAAGAAGACGGGGCUCCCCUCCACUCACCCCCCUACCCAGGCCGCCAUCACCAAGGAGCCUGCUUCUCUCUUCCCGGCUACUGGAUUCUGGGCUGGUCGGAGCCGGGCGGGACCCCAGAAUUGGCAGCCGUCUUAAAUUAGGAAUGGCUCUGGUGUCGGCCGACUCCCGCAUCGCCGAGCUCCUCACCGAGCUGCAUCAGCUGAUCAAGCAAACCCAGGAGGAGCGCUCCCGGAGUGAACACAACCUGGUGAACAUCCAGAAGACCCACGAGAGGAUGCAAACCGAGAACAAGAUCUCCCCCUAUUACCGGACAAAGCUGCGAGGUCUUUAUACCACCGCGAAGGCGGAUGCAGAGGCCGAAUGCAACAUCUUGCGCAAAGCUCUGGAUAAAAUCGCUGAGAUAAAAUCCCUCCUGGAAGAGCGGCGUAUCGCGGCGAAGAUCGCGGGACUGUACAAUGACUCCGAGCCACCGCGGAAAACCAUGCGCCGGGGCGUGCUGAUGACUCUGCUGCAGCAGUCGGCCAUGACGCUGCCCCUCUGGAUCGGGAAGCCCGGGGACAAACCCCCGCCUCUCUGCGGCGCCAUCCCUGCCUCCGGGGACUACGUGGCCAAGCCCGGGGACAAGGUGGCCGCCCGGGUGAAGGCCGUGGACGGCGACGAGCAGUGGAUCCUGGCCGAGGUCGUCACCUACAGCCACGCCACCAACAAGUACGAGGUGGACGACAUCGACGAGGAAGGCAAAGAUGGAAGGCCAACCCCGAGACAGACCCGGAGGCCCUCUUCCAGAAGGACCAGCUGGUGCUGGCACUCUACCCGCAGACGACCUGCUUCUACCGGGCCCUCAUCCACGCCCCUCCGCAGCGGCCUCAAGAUGACUACUCAGUCCUGUUCGAAGACACCUCCUAUCCCGACGGCUACUCCCCUCCUCUCAACGUGGCCCAGAGGUACGUGGUGGCCUGCAAGGAGCCCAAGAAGAAGUGACGGGAAGCGGGGAACCACCCCGCCCUUGCCCCUUUUGGCCUGGCGUCUCCCGUUCGCGGGGGAGGAGUGUUGCGUUUUCACCUGCUCAAAUAAACCGCCCUUUCCUCCCUCCUUCUCCUCUGCGCUCCGGCCAGAUCCGGCUUCCCCUCCGCCUGGUGGAAUUUUUACCCAACUUCCUCCUUAAAUGAGGAAAGGGAAAUCUAGGUGG